CAAAAUAGUACAAAUAAUCAAAUUGUACAAUCUUAUAUUACAAUGAUGGGAAAAGAGUGUUCAAAUGGAGGCAUUGGUUUUCAGAAUGAAUGCAUAUGUCCAUAUAGUUUUAGUGGUAGUAUGUGUGAAAAUAGAGACGAAAAAGAACAAUGUAAUAGUCUAAACCUAGAAACAAGUAUGUUCAAUCUCUAUCCAGAGUUUAUAUUUGGGGACAAUGAUGAAAUAGAUAAACAGUACUCAUCAUCAGUUUGUUGCUGGCACAAGUAUAGGGUCAAUCAAAACUAUACCGAAAAGUAUAUUAAUGAAGUAUUAGUAGAACCAACUGUUGACAAUAUUAAAGAGCAAAGCAAAUAUAUUAAAAAAUUACUUGAAACAUAUGGUCCAUGGGAUAGAAAUGAUAAAUUAUUAUUCAACUAUUUAUUAACAUCUGCUAAUAAAAAAGGAAAAGAAGAUUACUACUUAAAGUAUGCAGAUCCAAAAUAUUCACCUCCGGUAUUAGAACCUUUUAAAAUUACUUCAUCAAAUCUUGCAUUCUUUUUACUAGUAUCAGAUAUCAAAAUGGAAGAAAUAAAAACACUAUUUACAUAUUUAUACAGACCUAAGCACUAUUACGUAAUUCACGUUGAUAAUAAUUUCAAUGAUACCAAAAAGAUAGAAGAGUUGGAGUUAUAUUUAGACAAUUUAUUCAAAAAGUCAUAUGAAAUAGACCAUUAUUUAACAGAUAAUUACCCAAAGAAUUAUAGAGUUAUGAAGGAUAGAUUCAGUGGUUCAUGGGGUUCCAUCUCAUUGGUUUAUCCAGAAAUUGCCGCAUAUUCAAUUUUAUUUGAUAUGGUAGAAGAAAGAAGUGCAAUUUCACGUAAAAAUGAAACAUGGACUCAUGUAAUAAACCUUAGUGCCAAUGAUUUCCCAGUCAAGACAGUAUCCGAGCUAGAGUUCUUUUUAAGACUACCCACAAAUAUAAAUAGAAAUUUUUUAGAGACUGGUCCCAAUAAAGAAAGUGAACGUUAUACAGAAACCUUUUUAAGAACAAAGCUUGGUAAUACAAUAGCAGUCAAAUAUAAAGAUUCAAAUGUAUGUGGUAGUCCAAAUAAUAACAAUCCAAUGAUCACAAAUACAUUUUACAAAGGGAAAUCAAACGAGGGUUCACAGUGGCAUUUUUUAACCUACAAAUUUGCACAUUACAUCAUUUCUGAUUUUAAUUCAAUCAGACGUUUAUUAUCGUUGAAGUUUGCUAUGAUUCCCGACGAAUUUUUCUAUCAGCAAGUAAGAAAUGAAUCUCCAUUUUAUCCAAACGAAGCAAUUUGGGAUACAUACAACUACAGAUUUAUUCCAUGGGACUCUUCCAAGCUUGCCGUCACCAAAGAACACAUCGAAAAGGGUUUUCCAUAUGUCACCUAUUUCACAAGAAAAGUUUAUAAACAAGAUGUAAAAGAUCUAAUUAUUAAAAAACUAUUACACCAAUAAAUAAAUAAACAUAGUUUGUUUUUUUUUUUGUUAAAU